GGGGCAAAAAGGAAAAAAAAAAGAAGGCAAUUUUGGGGGGAGAGCAAAGAGUCUUUCGGCAUUUCGAUGGCUACGUAUUUCUGCUUCUAUGUAUUUCUUUUUCUUUUCUUUUUUAUUUUUCCUUUUCUUUUUCUUUUCCUUUUUAAUGCCUCCGCGGGGCGCGUGCCCUCACCAAUACCAAAACGUGCAACAGGGCGAACAGAGAGAACACGACUCGGGGGAUAUCCAACAUUCUGUUUGUAGCCACUUGGGACGGCCCAAAUGGAGCGGGGGGAAGCAAACAAAGCAAAUGAAGCGGGGGAGAGGCAAACGAGGCAAGCGAAGCAAACGAAGCGUUUAUCACGCGGCGAAUCAAACUGAGGCGGACUUUCAACAAAUAAAUGGCUACCCGAAUGAGUUUAAAAAAAUAUAAUUGCCUUAAUGAAGCACCAAAAAAUAAAAUGCAUACAUAUACAUAAGUACUUAGGUACAUACGUACAUUUUUAGGGCAUACAAAGGGGCUAGCGACUAGUUUACUCUUCCCGCGGGGGAUAAAAUUUGCUAAAACAAUACGCGUGGUAUGUAAAAUGGAAAGG